AUGUCACUUCCGACCACACGACGAAUAGUCACAGGCCACGACCAGCACGGGCACGCCAUCUUCGACAGCGACGAAACCCUCACGCCCGCGAACCCACUCGACAGCACGGGCGGCCCUCCCAGCGGCAUCAUCCCGGGCUUCACGAACCUGUUCCGGACGGACGGCGUGCCGGCGAAAGCGCAGGGGCCAUGGGACGACGUGCACGGCAAGAAGAUCGGCCUCGUCAGCCCGGCCGGCGUCUACGCCCGCAUCGUCGACUUCCCGCCGACCGGCGACGCCGAGGACAGUGUCAACAUCAUGCAUCGCACGCAGAGCGUCGAUUUCGCCGUCGUGCUCAAGGGGAGCAUUAAGCUGAUUCUCGACGAGGGCGUAGAGAAGACCGUCCGGGAGGGAGAUACCGUCGUGCAGCGUGCGACAAAUCACGCCUGGAAAAACGUCAGCAAUGAGAAUGUUCGUAUCUUGUUUGUGCUGGUGCCGUCGGAACCCGUGGUCAACGAAUCCACCGGCGAGGUUCUCGAACCGACGCCGACGCAUCUCCUAGAGGAGAAGCAGGACUAA